CAAACGAACGCACGCCUCUUCAAACAAACCACCGAUUCUGUCCUUCAAUCGCGACCAUCGAUUCAGUCGAUUGAUUCAACCUCAGUCCUGUGUAUUGAUGUUUGAAGAUUCAAAGUAAGUAACCUUCAGGAUUUGAGAUUUUGUUAAUAAUAAACCAUGAUUUCAUCUUUGAUUAUAUGAACAGGAUUUGAGAUUUCGGGCUUUGAACAACUGAACAGUGAAUAGGAGCCCCCUGUUUUUCACAUGAAAAUGGAAACCCAAGAAGAAGAGCAAUCGACGACGACAGAUGCUCAAUUGGCCAAGAAGGUGAAUCCUGUACUCCCAAGUGAAAUUAUCGAAGAGAUCCUGUCCAGACUUCCUGUUAAAUCCAUACUCAGAUUCACAUCCGUGUCUAAACCUUGGCUCUCCUACAUCUCCGAUCAAUCAUUCACCCAACUCCACCGCACUCGUGCCACCACUCUCCGCCGCAUAGCUUUUUUCCUUUCUGCUUUCGAUUCUUCCACUCGCAAAAACUACUUUUUCUCUGCCGCUGAUGACGGGGAGCCCCUCACUCUUCUCAUGACCCUCGAUGGCGGUUACAUCACAGAAGCCCAACAUUUGAACGGGCUUGUAUGUUUUUCCUUCAUCUAUUUCUCUUAUCCUCGCUUUCAGGCUGACGCUUUCGUUCUUAACCCUAGCACGCAUAAGUUUUUCAAACUCCCUUGCCCAUAUAGUUUGAUGAAUUACGCUAAAGAAACCUGCUACUAUUUUGGGUUCGAUGAGUCUAGAAACGAGCAUAAGAUCUUGAUGAUCAGGCUCAGAGACUUAAGGGCUCGAACAGCUGAGAUUAUGAUUUAUAGUAUGUCUAAUUAUUCGUGGAGAACGAUUGAUGUGGAGCCUCCUGUUGGUUUUACUUGGGAUCGCUUGGGGGAUCGCUUGGGCAAUAGCACCAAAGCUAGUGUUUGUGUGAAUAGUGUGGUAUAUAUUGGAGUUGACCGACACAGAAACUCGUUUGAUAUUUUGGGGUUUGAUUUAAGAAGAGAAAAGUUUUCGAUGAUCAGCACCCCUGAAGGUGUUGUCGUGCGCGGCUUUUAUAGGCCUCGCAUCAUAGAAAUCAAUGGCAGUAUAGGAGUUGUCUGUUAUAAUUAUAUGAAGAAAAGCAAUGAAAUGUAUUUCUGGAUAUUACAAAAUGGUGUUUGGGUGAGAGAAAUCAUUACACUCCCCGAGUCUUGGGUCGAGUUAGCUGGCCCUGCUCUAGAGCCAUUAGACGUUAAUAUGGACGACAUCAUCUUUUACAAGAGCAAGGUGUCCGGAAGUGUGAUGAGUAUGCCUAUAUAUGACAAAAUGUUUAGUAGAUGUUUUAAGUCAAUGCAAUUCAAUCUCGGUCAUCAAUUUCCAUGCUCAAAAACCGUGAGGUUGAAUCAAAUCAAGUUCUAUGCUGAAAGCAUGGUGUCUGUUACAAACACAACUGACAGCAGCCCACAAGCCCCGCUAGUUACCUCAGCAUGGUCCAUCAGAAGAAAGAGAACUCCAGCCCGGCGGGUUACCUCAACAAGGCCCAUCAGAACCAAGAGAACUCCAGCCUGUUUUACUGAGUGGGGGUCCAAAUAUUUUACUGAAUCUACAUUGAAACGCAAGUGUGGAGGCUUUGGUGUCUCCACGUACCCCCAGGGUAAAAUAAGGCAAAUGAUUCAUCCAUGAGAAGAACGCAACAUGAUCCAACCCUUAAGAUAUAUAGAGAAAAAGAAGACAAAGGAGUGGCAUCCAGGGUUGAAAAUAACACCCAGGAAGUAGUUACAAUGAAAGCGAAGUUUGGCAGUAACAAGAUAAAGUUUUUUCUCCCAAUCCAGGAGGUUAAUUUGGCAACUGAAAUGCAGAAAAGGUUUGAACAUAUGGGGAGUUAUAAGGUGAAAUACCUUGAUUCUAAAGAUGAAAAGUGGUAUUUGAUGGCUCAUGACGAAGACAUUCAAGGUUACAUCAAAAGUUUGAAGUCAAACAAAAGGAUGGUUGAAAUUAGUAUUGAAUCAAUAGAAGUACCUAAACGCAGAUGAAAAAAAUAUAAUGGAGCAGAGUAUGUAGAUGAUAUAAUUAAAUUUAAUCUCCUUGUCUCAAAAAAUUGGUAAGAGGUUGAGUGUCGGGACUUGUAAGCUCAAGUACCAAGGUCUGAUGGAGAUUGGAGAUCUCUAACGUCUGAUGAAGAAAUGGGUGAUUGUAUUAAAAGUUUAAGAAUUCGACUGCGUGUGCUGCCAUCUGUGAAUCUUUUCUAUUUAAUUAUGUGUUUCUUUUCUUUAAUUUUUUUUUGUAAUUUGCAUUAAAUAGACAAAUAUUUAUAUAUUAUUAGUAUCCCUAUUUUGGAUUA